AUGGCACAGCACCCAGAGAAGCUCAAGUGGAAGGAAGCACAUCCGUACGGACUUUCAGCGUCACAGUUUGGCAUGGCACUGGGGUUCUGCGGUCGCGUUUCGGACUACGUGCACUACCUGCGCGACAUCGUGGGAACGGAGCAUGAGUUCACAGGAAACGCCUCUACAGCACACGGCAUCAACACAGAGCCCAAGUCCCGCGCUCUGUACGAGCUUCUUACCGGCUGCCGUGUCUACAAUGGUGGCUUCUUUGUGACCGAUGACCGUAUCUUAGGCUGCUCGCCCGACGGGCAAAUCUACUACCAUGUUGAUGAGCGGCCAAUCGAGCAACAAGGUGCGCUCUCCGCAUCGCGAACGACUGCCUCGCCCUCGGUGUGUGGCGUGUCGAGCCGCUACCAGCGCUGCAGCGGCGGCUUCAGUGUCAGCAACGAUACCAACGCGAUAGAGCAGCAGCGCCAGCGCAACGCAUGCUCCGUGCGCGUGCCUUUUAACAGCCGGUGGCGACCACGUUCGUCGUUGUCCACAAUUUCUUCUCGCAACUCGCGCAGCUGGGACGUCCUCGCUGGUGACAGUGAAGAAAGCACCACCUGCAGCAAUGGUAAGACUUACUGCGCUACAGAUGGGUCAUCUACUACUGCUCUAGCAGAGAGCCGCGCGAGCACCGAUCAGACGCUGUCGACUCCCGUGGCGUUUCCUUCUCAGCACAAGGUGCGGCUGCUGGAGAUCAAAUCCCCAUUUCGAGCCCUCUACACCUCCACGAAGUCUGGCUGCCGGCCCUUCGGCAUCCCCUUACAUUACAUGUGCCAAAUACAAGGCCAGCUCGCGAUUGCGGAUUGUGAGGAGUGCGAUUUCUUUGUCUACCUCGACUACCCGGUGUGCCAAGUCGAGGGGUGGCGCGUACGCCGCUCCCGUGCAUUCUGGGCGUGGGCAGAGCCGAACCUACGUUGCGUGUCGAGCUGGAUCAGGGACGGGCCGCCGGAUUGGCUGAAUCGCUCGUUUGCCUUCACAGACUUUGACUUCCACCUCAUUCAGGUGGUGCCGCUUGUAUUUCCGUUUAACAUCACGGCAAGCGCGGCGCUGACCGAUGCGCGAUGUUUUGCCUUUUUCGAACACUUUUCAAACCCUUUUGAGGCCCUUCAUCGGCAUCGCGAGGCCUGCGGCGAUGGCGGCGCACAGGCGUCAACGCAGGACGGGUGUUUUGACUACGUAGGGUCAAUCUGGGCGGAGAUAACCGAAUAUGAGCGGAUCGCUGCGACGGCACAAACGCCGGCCGUACAGCACCUCUUUGCGCUGGCGGAAACGGAUGCAGACGACACAGGCUUCCUCGACAGUCAAGUCGAGCUCUGCACUCGUCUGUCUUCGUGGAGGCGAGCGCUGGAGGUGGAGGGCUUGUUUGAGGGGAGCGCGACAGCAGUAUUUUGGAAGCAGUGGACACGCACUGCUGCAGUCGGUCGUGAUCCGUUUGUAAAGGUAACGCUCUGCGUUCCUCAUGACUGGAAUGCUGGACGAGUAGUGGUGCGGUGCACUUUGCCGUCGCUCCCUCGCACCCAGGGUGACGGGCAGGAGUCCACGUGUGACAGGGCCUCUCUACCCUUCCACAGGCGGCUCUUCUUUGUGUCCUUGUUUAGUGGCGACAUGAACGAUCCUUGUAAGCGCGUAUCGGCCAGGACAUCACCGGGAGCGGCGAAGCCGUCGCCGUACGCCACACCACUGGAUCGGAUUCCUGUGUUCAACGAGUCGGUGACUUCGAUGUUGAAGGGCGCCUCACUGGCGUGCCCCGUUAGUGACUCGGCAGCGAUGCGCGUUCAGGUAUCUAGCACUGUCUCUAUCCCUGCUAACGCGGCCCCGCCGUCUCGCUGA